AUGGAUCCAGGUGGUGGAAGUCUUGGGUUGCAAACACAAGAAUCCAAAAUGCCUCACACUAUGAUUAUGCAGGAUUUCGUGGCUGGAAUGGCUGGCACUGCUCAUAUUGAUGGAGACCAUAUUGUUGUAUCAGUUCCCGAAGCUGUCCUAGUUUCUGAUGUUGUUACCGAUGAUGGAAUAACUCUUGAUCAUGGCUUAGCAGCUGAAGUUGUCCAAGGACCUGACAUCAUCACUGAAACUGAUGUUGUAACAGAAGGUGUAAUUGUUCCCGAUUCUGUUUUGGAAGCUGAUGUUGCUAUUGAAGAAGCUUUAGAUACCAGUGAUCAUGUUUUGACUUCAGAUCUAAUAACAGAAACUGUUAGAGUUCCCGAUCAGGUUUUUGUGGCUGACCUUGUAACGGGUCCUGAUGGACAUUUGGAGCAUGUGGUGCAAGACUCUGUGUCAGGAGCCAACUCACCAACAAUGGUUUCAGAAGAAGUUCUCGUAACGAACUCAGAUUCUGAAGCAGUCAUUCAGGCAGCUGGUACUGUUCCUGGCUCCACAGUGACUAUAAAAACAGAAGACGAUGAUGAUGGCAAGAGCACAUCUGAGGACUACUUAAUGAUAUCUUUGGAUGAUGUUGGAGAAAAACUGGACCACAUAGGAAGCACUCCCUUGAAAAUCAGCACUGAGGUGGCAAAUGAUGAUGUUGCUAAAGAUGAUGGGUUUGGUUCAGAAGUUAUCAAAGUCUACAUAUUUAAAGCUGAAGCUGAGGAUGAUGUCGAAAUAGGUGGGACAGAAAUUGUCACAGAGAGUGACUUUCACAAUGGACAUUCUGUAGCUGGAGUAAUUGAACAAGGAGGUGUUGGUAGAAUGCAGCGAGAAAAAAUGGUUUACAUGGCUGUUAAGGACUCUUCUCAGGAAGAUGAAGAUAUUAGCUGUGCUGAAAUAGCAGAUGAAGUUUAUAUGGAAGUUAUUGUAGGUGAAGAAGAAGCCACGCCACUUCCAGACACACAGCUUGAAGACUCCAGCGUGAAUAAAACCUUUGUCCCUGUUGCUUGGGCUGCUGCUUACGGAGAUGAAAGAAGGUUAUCCAGAAGAUACGAAGAUGGUCAAGCGGCAGGAAAUAACUUGGAUACACGAUUAGAAAACAAAAACGGUAAUGCAACACAGUACCUGCAGAUUUGUGAUAGCAUUAGCACUAAUAGGGUGCUAAAACAAAAAACCAAGAAAAGGAGGAGAGGAGAGGCCAGGCAAUGGCAAACAGCUGUUAUAAUAGGUCCUGAUGGACAGCCCUUAACAGUUUACCCUUGUCAUAUUUGUGGGAAAAAAUUUAAAUCCAGAGGAUUCUUGAAAAGGCAUAUGAAGAAUCAUCCAGAUCAUAUGAUUAAGAAGAAGUACCAGUGUACAGACUGUGACUUUACAACUAACAAAAAAGUAAGUUUCCACAAUCAUCUGGAAAGCCAUAAACUAAUAAAUAAAGUUGAUAAAACACAUGAGUUCACAGAAUAUACAAGAAGAUACAGAGAAGCAAGCCCAUUGAGUUCUAACAAACUCAUACUGAGGGACAAGGAGCCUAAGCUACACAAGUGCAAAUAUUGUGACUACGAAACCGCAGAGCAGGGACUACUCAAUAGACAUCUACUUGCAGUUCAUAGUAAGAACUUCCCUCAUGUGUGUGUGGAGUGUGGGAAAGGAUUCCGUCACCCGUCAGAGCUGAAAAAGCAUAUGAGGACCCACACUGGGGAAAAGCCAUACCAGUGUCAGCACUGUGUCUUCAGGUGUGCUGAUCAGUCCAACCUGAAAACUCACAUCAAAACCAAACACGGGACUGAUUUACCGUUUAAAUGCGAGCACUGUCCCCAGGCUUUUGCAGAUGAGAAAGAACUGCAGCAGCACACAGAACUAUUUCAAGGGCAUAAGACUCACCAGUGUCCACAUUGUGACCAUAAGAGCACCAACUCAAGUGACCUGAAGCGACACAUUAUUUCAGUUCACACAAAGGAUUUUCCCCACAAAUGUGAGGUAUGUGAAAAAGGCUUCCAUCGUCCAUCUGAGCUCAAAAAGCAUAGUGAAACCCAUAAAGGUAAAAAAAUACAUCAGUGUAGACACUGUGACUUUAAAACGUCAGAUCCUUUUGUACUUAGUGGGCAUAUCCUCUCAGUUCACACCAAGGACCUGCCUUUUAAAUGCAAAAGAUGUAAAAGAGGAUUUAGACAGCAAAAUGAACUUAAGAAGCACAUGAAGACCCACAGUGGAAGAAAAGUUUAUCAAUGCCAGUAUUGUGAAUAUAGCACUACGGAUGCGUCAGGCUUUAAACGACAUGUAAUAUCAAUACACACAAAGGACUAUCCACAUAGGUGUGAGUAUUGCAAAAAGGGGUUCCGUAGACCAUCCGAAAAAAAUCAGCAUAUAAUGAGGCACCACAAAGAGGCCAUAAUGUAAAAUAUGAUCUCCAGAAGGAAGCAAUUUAGAAACUGUGAUAUGCUAAUUGGGG